UGCCAGCCGCAGCUGCUGCGCCCCCCACACGCGCUCGCGGACCCAGGCCCGCGGACCCGGACAGCCAGGAGGACGCCCGCCGCGCCCGGCCCAAGCCUCGAGGAGCGGGGCGCAGCGCACAGGGUCCGGGCGCGGGCGGCCACCGAGCAUCUCGAGCCUGGGGCCGGCCGAGGGUGAACUGCCAUGGGCUCCAUUGGAAGCCAGCGCCUCAAGGAGCCCUGCAUGGCAGCCACGUCUGGCCAGAGUGUGGUGACAAGCUUUAGCUUUGACAACUUCCAGCUGGAGAUGACAGCGGAGGGGACCCCAGAUCCAAGCGUCAGAGUCAGGGGUGUCCCCGCUUUCACAGACUCCGCGGUAGAGGAGCCUGUGCCAGACGACCGCUACCAUGCCAUCUACUUUGCCAUGCUGCUGGCUGGCGUGGGCUUUCUGCUGCCAUACAACAGCUUCAUCACCGACGUGGACUACCUGCACCACAAGUACCCAGGGACCUCCAUCGUGUUCGACAUGAGCCUCACCUACAUCCUGGUGGCGCUGGCGGCUGUGCUCCUGAACAACGUUGUGGUGGAGCGGUUAAACCUGCACACUAGGAUCACCACAGGCUACCUGCUCGCCCUGGGUCCCUUGCUCUUCAUCAGCAUUUGCGACGUGUGGCUUCAGCUCUUCUCUCACGACCAGGCUUACGCCAUCAACCUGGCCGCCGUGGGCACCGUGGCCUUCGGAUGCACAGUGCAGCAAUCCAGCUUCUACGGCUACACGGGAUUACUGCCCAAGAGGUACACGCAGGGAGUGAUGACAGGCGAGAGCACGGCGGGGGUGAUGAUCUCUCUGAGCCGCAUCCUCACGAAGCUGCUGCUCCCGGAUGAGCGGGCCAGCACCAUCAUCUUCUUCCUGGUGUCCGCCGGCCUGGAGCUGCUGUGCUUCCUGCUGCACCUCCUGGUGCGGCGCAGCCGGUUCGUGCUGUUCUACACCACGCGGCCUCGAGACAGCCGCCCCGUCCGCGCAGGCUACCGCGUGCACCACGACGUCGCGUCCGGAGACGUCCACUUCGAGCACCAAACCCCAGCCCUGUCCAGCAGUAGGUCCCCAAAGGACAGCCCAGCCCACGAGGUGACCCACAGCAACAGUGGGGCCUACAUGCGUUUUGACGUGCCUCGUCCACGAGUCAAACGGAGCUGGCCCACCUUCAGAGCCCUGCUGCUGCACCGCUAUGUUGUGGCACGGGUCAUCUGGGCCGACAUGCUGUCCAUCGCCGUGACCUACUUCAUUACGCUGUGCCUGUUUCCUGGCCUGGAGUCGGAGAUCCGCCACUGCGUGCUGGGCGAGUGGCUGCCCAUCCUGGUCAUGGCCGUGUUCAACCUGUCAGACUUUGUGGGCAAGAUCCUGGCAGCCCUACCCGUGGACUGGCGGGGCACUCACCUGCUUGCCUGCUCUUGCCUGCGUGUGGUCUUCAUCCCCCUCUUCAUCCUGUGUGUCUACCCCAGUGGCAUGCCUGCCCUCCGCCACCCUGCCUGGCCCUGCGUCUUCUCACUGCUAAUGGGCAUCAGCAACGGCUACUUUGGCAGUGUGCCCAUGAUCUUGGCAGCCGGUAAAGUGAGCCCCAAGCAGCGGGAGCUGGCAGGAAACACCAUGACCGUGUCCUAUAUGUCGGGGCUGACCCUGGGCUCCGCUGUGGCCUACUGCACCUACAGCCUCACCCGUGAUGCCCACAGCAGCUGCUUUCAAACGGCCACCGCCAACGACUCCGUCCCUGUCGGCCCCUGAGCCAGGCCCGCCUGACCCUGCCCAGUGCCCAGGGAGGGCCUCUCGGGCCAGCCACCCCGGGCCUGAGGACCCUUCCCACCCCCGCCUCAGUGCCUGUGGGGUCCUGGCGCCUCCUAAGCCACUAAUGCCACCCCGCCACUUGGCUCCAGUCGCCCACUGCAGCCGGAACACGUCUCCGACACCAGGGCACCGCCUAUCCCCAAGUCCUGUUUGGUCAGAUACCUGCCCUUCACCCCCUAUGUUGGCAUCAUUCAGCCUCAGAGCAAGCCAGAACGGCUGACCCCAAGUCUGGGCCGGCUCUCCCCUGUGACCCCACUGUGGGGGAGUCUGACACAAAGGUCCCCCGUCUUCAGUGUGGCUUUCAUUUACUGGGCAGAGGCCACCUCCCCAGGACUAUUAGAAAUCCUCGAGGAAAGCGAUGGUCCCCAAGCCCGUUCUGUCCCCUUCUUGUUCUCAGACACUGCUUCACAAACCCUUCUCCCCCACAGCAAGCAUUAAGUCUGGGAGACUCUACAGGUCUCCACAGGCCUCCUGUAGUCAUAGCAACAGCGCUGACCUGGGUGAGCCCACCUGAGGUGGAGGACGUCCCCCAGGCACCCGCUGGAGUGCGGGCUGAGGACAUUGUCCUGUUCCUCCCCCAGCUUCCUCAGCCUGGCUAUAAUGUGGGGACAGCUGGGCCCCACUGGUGGCCCAGGCUACCCCACCCUUGUCCACUGAGAACGAAGUAACGACACGAGCCACCUGAAACCCCGGCAGGCAGCAGCAGGCUGAGCUGUGGGGUCCCUGGGUGGCAGGCUUGGCCGUGGGCCUCCUUCCGGAAGACAGCUUCUACUGAGGCAGGAAUCGUGCCUCCCCACACACUGUGGCCCCAGCUGCGACCACCCUCACCAACCCCCACCGUGUCCCAUCUACCUGUGUACCCUCUGAAUACCGCACUGGCCAUUAAAGAUGGCAGAGA